GUUCGGCAUGGCAGAGGCUGAGCUGGCGGAGAGAGUGCUACGGAAGCUACAUGAGACGGGAUGCAAGGUGGUGACGGCACAUGGAAGCGAGUAUGAUGGCUACCGGCGAGUUUGGAAUGCGGCAGUGGAUGUGAGGCCGGCGUGCGUGGUGGUGCCGCAGUCUGCAGACGAGGUGGCGGCGGUGGUCAGCGCGCUGUGGUCGCUGGGCGUGGCAGUGACUGUCCGCGGAGGCGGGCACUCGGUGCGCGGACUGUGUGUGGCCGAAGGAAGCGUGUGUAUUGAUCUGCGCGAGCUGGUGGAUGUGAAGAUCGGAAGUUCAGGGCCGGGCACGGUGCUUGUCGGCGGCGGGGCUACAUGGGCGGAUGUUGAUCGUGUGUUGGAGCCGCAUGGGGUGACCGUUCCGGCUGGCCUCAUCUCUCACACCGGAGUGGGUGGUCUUGCAUUGGGCGGCGGUGUUGGAUGGCUUGCACGCCGCGCGGGACUGACCGCUGAUGCUAUCGUGGGCGCGCAGAUGGUGCUCGUCGGUGGCGAUGUCGUCGGCCUUGGCGUGCUGGAGCAUACCGGCGACGAGACCGAGCCGGAGAUACCUCGCGACGAACUGCUGUGGGCGCUGCAAGGCGGCGGCGGCAACUUUGGCAUUGUCACCCAGUUUGCAUUUUCGACGGUGCAGCUGGGCAAGGCUGGUCUCGUCAUGGUUACGCUGCCGAUGGAGUCGCUUGCGGGCGUGCUUCGGCUUGUUGCUGGCUGGGUCGACCCGCACUCGUCAGAGGCGGCGCCAGACACUGUUGUGCCAUACACGUUUGUGCUCUCACAGGGCGUGGUCCUCGUUGCCAUCGGCUGCAUGGACGACGGCGUGGCCGCUCGCGGGCUUGCCUCGGCGAGUCUCGGGCGGUAUGUUGGUGCGCUGAUCGAGCUCGGCGGCGAGCUGACGCUUGACACGGUGGUCUCGCCGCGAGAGCUCAACGCGAUGUUUGAUGCCGGCAACCCGCACGGCAAGCACUACCGUUGGUCGGCGUCGACGUUCCUCGACACAGGCUGUGUGACGGCGAGCGCUGACGCUUUUGCAACUGGUCUCGCCGAGCUGGCCAGCACUGCAGCCCAAUAUUUGGUUGGCGCCACCGCGUCGAUCGAGCUCGUGCCGCUUGGUGGCGCAGUGGCGCGAGUCGCCGACGGCGAGACGGCAUGGCCGCUGCGGUCAGCUGGGCUGGAGAUGCACGGCAUCGCGACGUGGGAGGAGAGUGCCGAGAGCGACAAGCUCUCUGGGGCUGCACGAGCCUGGGCACAUCGCGUUGCACAGCAUGCAGAAACGGUGGCAUACAACCGGGAGGCACCGCAAGGAUACGCCAACACCGACGGUGACGAGUCCGGUGCUCGAUGGCGGAGUGGGCCAAGCGGGCGGCUGGCAGCCAUCAAGAACGAGGUCGACAUGCACAACUUUUGGCACGGCAACCACAACGUCUUGCCAACUCACAGCCGGACAUGGAUUCGGCUGAGCGCCGACGACAUUGCGGCCGCUGACGCUGGUAUUGACGCCGAGCUCGAAGCGUUUGAUGCGCUCGAUGCCGAGCAUGCAGAAGGAGGAGCUGGGCCGCAGCGGUUGGAGACCCUUUGGCUGCCGUGGAUGCUCCUUCAUCUCGGGGUGGUCGGCAGCAUCGCGUCGGUGCUCUGGGCAACAGGCACGCUCCGCAUGUGA